AUGGACCAAGUACCAGAUACAGCCCAGCACUUUAUUGAGUGUGACACGGAAUCCUGUAGGAAUUCCUCCAAGUUCUACUGCAAUAACUGUCAUCAGCGAAUCUGUGACCAAUGCAAACAGUCGCAUCUAGAACAGAACAUUGGACAUGAGAUUGUCCUCUAUCAAGAGAGAAAGAGAAAAGUUCCUUCAGAGAAAUGUAGGAUCCACCCCACCAAAAAUAUAGAUAUUUACUGUACUGAUUGCCAGGAUCCUCUUUGUUCUACAUGCUUUGUCCUACAUCACAGAAAUCAUGAUACCAGUGACCUUGAAACCAUCUACAAUGACAUUUUACAGCAAUGUCAGAAGGAAGUUACUGAUAUCUGGAAAACAGACAUUCCUAAGGCUAGAGAUAAUGUUGAGACAUUUGAAGAAAAAAGAGAAAAUGUCAAGAAAGAAAUUGCCAUUGUAAGAACUUCCAUGAAGGAGAGAGCAGAUGAACUGAAGAAGGCUGUUGAUAGUAUACUUACUGAUAAUAAUAAAAAACUGGAUGAGAUCGAGAACUCUGUCCUUAAUGAAAUGGUAGAACAACAGAAGGAAACAGAGGACUACAUAAAGUACCUAGAAAAAAUGAUUGUAGACUAUGAGAGUAAAAUGUCAUCAAUAAAACCCACUGAAUUAAUAAUUUUCCAUAAAAAUAUUUCAUUUGCUUUCUUGAAGAUGCCUAACAAAGCAGAACCCAAACUACCAAUUUUUACACUAGGUACAAUUAACAAAGAAGAAAUAGCCAAACAACUUGGUGAAAUUGAACUUGAAAGGUUUAAGCUUUCUUCUGUUACAAAAGUAAGUGAAGUAACUAUCCAAGGACAAGGAACUUCUCAUUUGUCUCCCUUGCCUCCCAACAGAUUUUGGGCCACUGAAGGCUCGGGGAAUCUCAUUCAGUCUGACAUGGAAGGAAACAUCUUACAGAAAAUAUCCACCAGUAUGUGGUAUAUCAUAGGUAACCACACAGUCACAACAGAGGGAGAACUACUUUACACAGAUAACAAUGAAAACACUGUCUACAGAGUUACUAGUUACAUGUCCAUCACCAAAUUUAUUGAGACAGGGAGCUGGGUACCUGUAGCCAUUUAUUCCUCUCCUAUCAAUGGACACAUAUUGGUCGGGAUGACAACAAAUUUAGACCAGAAAAUAACCAGAUACAACAGAAAAGGAAGGCAGUUACAGGACAUUCAGAGGGAUGAUAAAGGACAAUCUCUCUACAAAAGUGUUGACUAUAUCACACAGAACAUUAAUGGUGACAUUUGUGUAUCAGACUUGAAAGCCAAAAAGGUGGUGGUGGUGACUGCGUCAGGAAAGUACCGGUUCUCUUACUCUGGCCUCCACGCUCAGUCUGGAUUCCGGCCUCAUGGAAUUUGUACAAAUGUUCUGGGACACAUUUUGGUGUGUAAUGGCUAUUUUACACUAAACGAGAAUUGCUCUGCUGUCCACCUGCUGGAUAUUAAUGGUCAGUUCCUGUCUCUCCUACUCACACCAGAUCAUUGUCCUCUAUGUCCCUGUGCUCUCUGUAUUGAUAAUCAACACAACCUCUGGGUCGGAGGAUGGGAUAGUUCUACUAUCUCUGUCUACACGUAUUUGCAAGAGACAGAAAAAUAA